AUGGGGCCCAAGACAUUCCUUACCACUGGCUUGAGGCAUUUGCACAAGCCGCGCCUGCUGGAACCUGGAGAAACGUUCAUCAUCCGGUUCAAGAAUUCACUGCGAGGCUACAAAUGUGAUGUCUGGAUUUGCGUGGUCCUCCCAACUACUUUCAGCCCGAGUCGACAUGUCAAUCGUCGGCCGGUUGGGGCACAACCGGUUGAAGGUGAAUGGUUAACGCACAUGAAGGACCGAGUAUACUCUGUGUACCUACCGGCUCGAAACAUGUAUCGAUGGAUCGGUCUACAGGACAUCUUUGUUCUCGAUGAAAAGACCCCCAAUGUUCUCCAGCGCGCGGAGAGGCAAGAAGAGGCCAAAGUCUGGAAUGAUCUCAGGGAGAUUAUCCGCACAGAACCUGGUCUGGAGUUCUGGAAGAAUAUGGCUCUCCAGGAACUCGGCGUUAAGGGCAAGCGAGGAAAGGAACUUCGCAUCAUCUUGCCAACUGGCCAUGAAGACCUCGUUUCAUGUGGAGAAUCGGAUGGUGAAUCCGAUUCUGGAACAGAAGAUGAAAAAGAGAAUGCCGAAGAAGAGGAGCAGAGGUUCACAUCGGAGCACCCGAAACCUGAACCUGAUGUUCAGCCUGGUCCAUCCAAAGUGCAGGCUACAGUGCAGUCCUUCUCUAAUUCACGUACCCAUGUGAGGUCGCCACGGCGAUCGCGAACUACUCAGAGUGAUCGCAACCCUACUUGCGUUGCUGAGACUGUUUUAUUCCCUCCCCACACCGAAUCCAAUCCCCGUGUUAUUCCCAAGCUACCUCCAUUUCAGAUUCUGACUCCUUCUCACUCUCGCCAUCCAAAUUCUUCUUCUUCCAUCAACCUAUUCCCCACAAUGGAUCAGAAUCUGCACGCCUCUUCGACCUCGUCCACCAUGGCUCCCCCUUUCAAAACUGAGACGGCUACAGGCCCUGCUGUUACCAAUCCUGAGGAGCAGGAAGUGAGCUCCCCACCCUCGAUCUUCGACAUGAGCAUCCGUCAGGCCUUGCAGCACAUUGUGCUUGGCGAAAGCCAGAAAGAUCAACUCAUCGAUGUAUUCCGGGGCGCCAUUGUCUGCGAUACCCAGCCGGAAUACGUGCACAUUCGCUCCUAUAUGAAGGAUGGCGAAUUUCUCCCUCGUGUCAUCGAACUCGACACCCCCGAGUUCGAAUACCCCACCACUUUCCCCACGCAUGACAUGAACAACAAUGUCAUGAUGCGCGUGAUCGGUGACCAAAUGGACAUCGGUCAGAACUUCAAGUUGCAUGCCGUCGCCACCAACGAAGACCUGGAGGAUACGAUCCAAAUCCUCGGCCGCAUCUACCUCCAAGCCCGCCGCUUCGGACUUGACCACAUGGUUUACCGGACAACCUUCAAGCUCCAGGUCUCCUGGAAUUGCUACCCGUACCUGUUCCAGUGCAAACCGCUUCUGGAAGUUGCUGCCCUUGCCUUCGAAGGCUGCACCGAGUUCUCCAUGGAGGCCUGUGACUACCUGCAGGCCUGGAUGAUGCAUCUCCUCGCCGAGGCCAUGGACCUCUUCACAUACAGCGCGAGCGGGCAGUUCUGGGCGUUGAUGCGCGCCAAUCCGAACCUGCAAGAGGUUGUGUUGCACCUUCGGUUCCUCGCCCACUGCCAGAACCCGGAGGUAUAUGGCAACGUGAGUGCAAUUCUCACUAGCCGGGGGAUUGGCGUCCAGUGA